UUUUUUUUAUUGCUUCUUUGUUUUAAUUGUCUUGGUUUUUUUAAUCAGGUAGAUUCCAUUCCUUUGUUCUUUAAGACAUUCAUUCAUUCAUUCCUUUUGGUCUUUAAGACAUUCAUUCAUUCAUUCCUUUGUUCUUUAAGACAUUCAUUCAUUCAUUCCUUUUGGUCAUUAAGACAUUCAUUCAUUCAUUCCUUUUGGUCUUGAAGACAUUCAUUCAUUCAUUCCUUUUGGUCUUGAAGACAUUCAUUCAUUCCUUUUGUUCUUUAAGACAUUCAUUCAUUCAUUCCUUUUGGUCUUGAAGACAUUCAUUCAUUCAUUCCUUUUGGUCUUGAAGACAUUCACUCAUUCCUUUUGUUCUUUAAGACAUUCAUUCAUUCAUUCCUUUUGGUCUUGAAGACAUUCAUUCAUUCAUUCCUUUUGGUCUUUAAGACAUUCAUUCAUUCAUUCGUAUUUCGUCCGUGACGUCAAAGUUGAAGUAUCCCCAGUAACGUGCUUUCUUCUCUCCCUUGUCUAAACAGCGCAAUUCAAGGAAAGCGGGGGCUGCGAGUAAUGACACUGACCCUUAGAAAUUGCAGUAUUUAGUAAACUUGACAUGUGAGCAGCUGUGUUACACUAUACAGUAGUUGUUUGUGAUCGGAGUAAAACAAAAACAAAAACUAUUUCCUCUGCGAUUGUUUUCUUCGUGUUGUGUUUAGUAAACGAAACAAUUUAUUUCAAUAUUUAAACAAUGGCUGUUGUACGCUGUCCUCUAGUAUGUUCUGUUAUACUGGUAUUAGUAGUCCAGCGAAGUGACCAGGCCCCUCUACAAAAUUUAGAAUUCAGAGAUGGCCAGUUCUUGUGCAGCUACGAUCCAGAGACCGGAAGUCAAAUCUGCAAAGAGGAAGAUCUAGAAGAAAGCAGUACCAUGUCUGAGUGUGAUUAUAAACACUGCUUUCGACAGUGGGCAGACGUCAGAACAAGUAUACAUAAUAACAGGUCCAGUGGGGUACCUUUUAGUACUAACCUUGAGCAAUGGAGCAGUAUUUGUGACGAUAGUGCAAUCAAUGAAGUGGAACUGUGUAUUAAUGAGGAACUCAUGCUGUGUACCAAGGACACACCUGAUAAUGAGCUUUUGGUUACGGAGUGGACACACUUCUGUCAGGACUAUGGAAAGACAGCCUACUUAAAGUUGAACGCUGUCCACUGCUCGCCCAGCCAUCUCAAGGACAUGUGUAUCGAACAAGCGAAAAUCCAGGCAGAUUUGACCAACAUAAAGUUCCCAGACGGUGAAAACUAUUUUUGUGUAUUUGAACAUUUUUAUCAUCGAUGCCAUCGGGACGAAAUGUUGGCUCAGUGUGGCCCUGAGUACGUAGAGUUUAUAGACGUCUUAAACACAGACUAUGCAAGUGAUAUCGAUACAAACUGCAGCCAUAUUGAAGUAUCGUGAGCAUUGCUGGUCCAAAGAACGACAACACAUUUCGUGCAAAUAAAGAAAGGUUAUUGAGAUUA